AUGGGAUGUGGCACUUCUGUGACUGGGAGUCGGGCAAAAAAGUCAGAGAGAGCAAUUAAAGCAGCUAUCCUCAUUCAGAGGUGGUAUCGGUGUUACAUGGCCCGGCUGGAGAUGAGGCGGCAGUAUGCUCUUAGCAUCUUUCAGUCAAUUGAAUAUGCUGAAGAACAAGCUCAGCUACAGCUGUCCAGUUUUUUUACAUUCAUGCUGGAUCACUUUACUCAUCUCAACGAGACUGAUACAGAUUUGAUUUAUCAAUUUUUCAAUAGUCCCAGUGAUUUUAAUACCGCAGGUUCAGAUGUACAAUUACUAGAAUAUGAGCGGACGAUAGAGGUCCCAGACUCCUACCAUGGACCUCGGCUGUCAUUUCCCCUGACUGUUGCGGACACUAAUUCACUUCUUCAUGCUUUCAAGGAUCAACAGCACCUUCAUGCCCGCUAUGUCCUACAGCUGCUACACGAAACCAAGAAACUCCUGAAACAGAUGCCUAACAUCAUUCAUCUGUCGACCUCCUACUCCAAGGAGAUAACCAUCUGUGGUGAUUUGCAUGGAAAACUGGAUGAUCUUUUGCUGAUAUUCUACAAGAACGGCCUGCCUUCAGAAGAAAACCCUUACCUUUUUAAUGGAGAUUUUGUGGAUAGGGGGGAAAAUUCCAUAGAAAUACUUAUUAUCCUGUUUGCCUUUCUUCUUGUCUACCCCAACCAUUUACACUUGAACAGAGGGAACCAUGAAGACCAUAUCAUGAAUCUGAGAUAUGGUUUCACAAAAGAAGUUAUGAAGAAGUACCGGUCCCAUAGCAAAAAAAUUUUAAAUCUUCUGCAAGAUGUUUAUAGCUGGCUUCCCCUUGCCACUGUAAUUGACAGCAAAGUACUAAUCGUACAUGGAGGAAUAUCAGACACCACUGAUUUGGAUUUCCUGAAUUUAUUUAAGAGAAAUAAGAUGAAGUCUGUGCUGAGACCACCAAAAUCAAGCACAGAGAGAACCCAUGAUCCAGAAAGAACUGACUUUGUAGAGUACUCUCCUAUAAGAAGAGUCAAGAGAUGCCUUCCUGGGCAGGAUAUUGCUGUCAAACGAAUGACCAGGCCUUCAUCAUCAUCUAGCCAUAGAAGACGAUACACCAGUGAUCUGUUGGAUGUUGGGGAGCGCAUGUGUCUGCUUCAUGAUGGUGUCAACUCUGGCCCGCUCCUAGAGGCACAGUAUCUAGAGUCCAGUGUUCGUAUGCCAAGCAUGCCUUCAGAAUUAACAGCAAAGGAAUGGAAACAAGUGGUUGAUAUUCUUUGGAGUGAUCCAAAAAACCAAAAUGGCUGCACACCAAACAAAGUUCGAGGAGGUGGUUGCUACUUUGGGCCUGAUGUUACUGCCAGGCUGCUUAAACGGUAUAAUCUGAAGAUGCUGAUCAGGUCUCAUGAAUGUAAACAAGAAGGUUAUGAGAUCAGUCAUGAUGGGCAGGUGAUCACUAUUUUUUCUGCCUCUAACUACUAUGAAGAUGGCAGCAAUCGUGGUGCUUAUCUCAAACUGAAUCCUGAUUUGAUACCUCGCUUUGUGCAAUAUCAAGUCAGUAAAUGCACACGCAAACAGACUCUUCACCAGAGGGUGAGUGUAGUUGAAUGGUCUGCAUUAAAGUCAUUACGAGAAAAACUUUACUCCCGGAGAUCAGAACUCAUUGCAGCUUUCAGACAGUACGACCCAAAUUUCACAGGAAGAAUUUCUGCCACAGAAUGGGCCUCAGCAGUGGAAUCUGUUUUACAUCUGGAUCUCCCAUGGAGGACUCUGCGUUCUCGGUUGGUGCAGCUUGCUCCAGAUGGAAGUGUCGAGUAUCUUUCAUGUUUUAAUGAUUUGGAAAUAGAGCCAGCCAUAAAAGAGGUUCAACCAGCUUUGGUGGAAACCCUGUACAGAUACAGAACUGAUCUGGAGAUAAUCUUUAACAUCAUUGACAAAGAUCAUUCAGGUCUGAUCUCCAUUGAGGAAUUUCGCCAGACGUGGAAACUCUUCAAUUCUCAUCUCAAAAUUGACAUAGAUGAUGAAUCCAUUGACAACCUAGCUCGCAGCAUUGACUUCAACAAAGAUGGCAGCAUUGACUUCAAUGAAUUUUUAGAGGCCUUUCAUGUGGUUAAUAAAUUUCAAAACAAGUAG